CGCGGAUAACGGCUUUAAGUCUAUCAACAGAUUGCACUUCCACACCAUGGCCGAGAGAACGAGGGUCGAAAAGCUUGAGAAGCUUUUACGGGAAGCUGAGCUACGUGCCGAGAGUGAGCGGCAACGCGCUGAGAGAGAACAGCUACGUGCUGAGGUGGCAGACAGGCAAGGGUUGGAGGAACAACAGCGCGCUGAAUCUGCAGAGGAGCAGACCGGUCGUACAACACUGGACGAAUACAUCGCGGCUUACCAUAGUCUUAUCUUCUCUAAAUUCGCAGUCGAAACCGACAAGUCGCUCACAUCAAAGGGCUAUAUCACAAACCUCAGGAACAAACUAUAUCCAACAAAACAACAGAGGAUCGCUUCUGGCAUACUUUACAACGCGUUUCCCACCAAUAUACGGCUUUUUAAGUCUCGGAACUUCCUAUCCGGCCUUAGAGACAGGAUUUCGCAGCAGCCGAUCGCAAACGAAAAAAACCUAGAAGAUCCAGUUAAAUCCAUUCUGCAUCAGCUCAAAGAGGUAGAGCAAAUUCAAGCCGUUUAUAGAAUUAGAGGCAGCAUCAUAUUCGAAAAUCACCCCAGUACCAUAAGCAAUAUAUCAGAGGAGCCUUCUAAUCAACUCCGUCCCAACCACAUUUGUAUCUACCGAUCUAAAGACGGCCAGUCGCAAAAGCAUAGCAUAAUCUAUGUUUGCAAAUAUAAGGCACCUCACAAGUUAACAGCACAACAUCUACGUGCUAGCUUACAACCAAUGGACGUCUACAAGGAAGUUAUCAACUGCAAAACAGUUCCAACCUCGGCAGACCCAGAAGGCCGUUUCCAAUACUAUGCUAAAAGACUAACUGCCGCUGCCAUCUCGCAAACAUACCACUAUAUAAUCGAGGGUGGCCUCGUCUUCGGGCUCCUGACAACCGAAGAGGCUAUAACGCCAUACUAUCACCUAGCCGAACCCAGGCCUAAAGUGUCUGCACACCCUCAUAAUUUUCACUCUUGCACCGCUGUCAGACAGUAUCUAGCCUUUACCCUUAUAGCCCUAGCUCAUCACGGGCGACGGCAGCAACACAGUCAAAAAGCGCGCCGGCAAGCAGAAGACUUUGAAAGCACCUUACGCUCCAUUCCAGCCAACGUACAGCAUCCCCGAAGUAGCUCCCCUUAUCAACCAACUACGUACGCAACCUUCGAUAGAUCGCCAUAUCCCUUUCGCCACAAUCGGCGGAAGAUCGACUGCGAAGGCCAGCUCAGCAACCAACCUACAAAAAGGGACUCUCCGGAACCAUCAGAUAAUAAAUCAGAAGGAAAACUACCCGAUACACCCAGUCCUACAGAAAGACAAGCUGGUAGUAGGGGUCGAGGACAGGCAAGACGCAGCCAGAGGAUUCAAGCUCGUCAGACACGAAAUGCUCCAUCAAGUCGGCGUACGGAGCAUGCCGUCCAAUAUUAUACGCAGAAAUGUUUAACCGGACUGGUUCGCGGGGGGUACCUUAAUAACGGUUGCCCUAAUGUAACCCUGCACGGCCGAGGGCUGGCUUCUAGCUUUGCUGGCUUAAGUGUGCGCCAUCCCGUCAGCCAUAGCAAGUGGCUGCAACUUUUGAGGAAACAGCUGGAAGUGGUCUUGUUUCGAAUCACGUUGCUCGCCUACGGUUAUACCUUCGUCGCAAAAAGGACUAUACGGGCAUUUAUCAAGGAUCUGGGGCACGAAGCCGCCGUCUACAAACGCCUCAAACCAGCCCAAGGAGUCAGCAUACCUGUAUUCUUAGGCACUAUCGACCUCCGAGCCAUUAACAAAAUCUACUAUUAUGACCACCGGGUUUAUAUAGUGCAUUUAAUAUUUCUCUCAUGGGGGACAUUACAGACUUUGCGAUCAAUACAUUUACAAGGGGUUGUUCACAAUAAUGUCCAAGGAACCAACAUACUGUUUAACCCAGAAACAAACCGGAUCAUAAUUAUUAACUUUAAAAAAGCAAAAUUUAUGCAACCUCCUCGGCAUCCGCUGAACCAGCUGGUACCCAACAAGCGGGCAUGGAGUUAUAAGCCUCGCCCCGGUGAGCCAGAUGCCCGUAUAACCCCUCUCAUAAUCCAGGCAGAAUUUUUGGUCUCCAACCUAGCUGUGGUAGUGGGAGAUCACAACCCCAAUGAAGUCGAUCGGCGUGGCAUGGGACAGAUAUGGGAACAAGCAGAAGAGGAUAUACACGCUCAGACAAGCCUUUUCUCCGUAGCAUAAGUGGAUGUUUGCAAAUUCAAGCUGAAAUAUAUCAUACAAGCUUCAUGUAAUGUGUUGUACGCGUGUUGACGCCGGCCAAUAAGAAAAGACGUGACCCAUUAAAACGGUAUUGCGACGCCCGGGCGCCGAUUUUAU